AUGGUCUUUUCCUCCCUCAUCGACGGAAACGACAUAAUUGCAAGUCUCCACACGCUGUCCAUAGUCCUCCUCGUAGCGGUGAUUGGGAUCACUGCAGCAAGGACGUUUCCCAGGCUGAUGGCCACAAGAAGGAGCAGGAGCAGCGGGACAAUAGAAAAGAGAAUCGACAGGUCGUUUGCCAAGACGGAAUCUAAAAUUAAAGAAAAUUAA